GGACAUGCGGCUCUGGAGUUGGGUGCUGCGCCUGGGGCUGCUAAGCGCCGCGCUGGGCUGCGGGCUGGCCGAGCGCCCCCGCCGGGCCCGGAGAGACCCGCGGGCCGGCCGCCCCCAGCGCCCCGCCGCCGGCCCGGCCACCUGCGCCACCCGGCCGGCCCGCGGCCGCCGCGCCUCUCCGCCGCCGCCGCCGCCGCCGGGCGGUGCCUGGGAAGCUGUGCGCGUCCCCCGGCGGCGGCAGCAGCGGGAGGCGAGGGGCGCCGCGGAGGAGCCGAGCCCGCCGCCGCCGAGCAGGGCGCUCUAUUUCAGCGGGCGAAGCGAGCAGCUGCGCCUGCGGGCCGACCUCGAGCUGCCCCGGGACGCGUUCACGCUGGAAGUGUGGCUGCGAGCGGAGGGGGGCCAGAGGUCCCCGGCGGUGAUCACAGGGCUGUAUGACAAAUGUUCUUACACCUCGCGUGACCGAGGAUGGGUCGUGGGCAUUCACACCGUCAGUGAUCAAGGAAACAGAGACCCACGCUAUUUUUUCUCCUUGAAGACGGACCGGGCUCGAAAAGCAACCACCAUCAAUGCUCACCGCAGCUACUUCCCAGGACAGUGGGUAUUCCUAGCUGCUACUUAUAAUGGGCGGCUGAUGAAGCUCUAUUUGAAUGGUGCCCAGGUGGCAACCUCUGGGGAGCAGGUGGGUGGCAUCUUCAGCCCCCUGACCCAAAAGUGCAAAGUGCUCAUGUUGGGGGGCAGUACUCUGAACCACAACUAUCGGGGCUACGUUGAACAUUUCAGUCUGUGGAAAGUGGCCAGGACACAGAGGGAGAUAUUGUCAGACAUGGAAUCUCAUGGCUUCCACACUCCUCUACCUCAGCUCCUCCUGCAGGAGAACUGGGAGAAUGUGAAACGUGCCUGGUCUCCCAUGAAAGAAGGCAACAGCCCCCAUGUGGAACUCAGCAAUGCCCACAGCUUCCUGCUGGACACAAGUUUGGAGCCCCCUCUGUGUGGGCAGACCCUAUGUGACAAUGCAGAAGUCAUCGCCAACUACAACCAACUCCCACGUUUCCGCUUGCCCAAAGUGGUACGCUACCGUGUGGUCAACCUCUAUGAUGAUGACUAUGAGAAUCCAACAGUGAGCCAGCAACAGGUAGACUUCCAACACCAGCAGCUGAUUGAGGCCUUCAAGCAGUACAAUAUCUCCUGGGAGCUGAAGGUCCUCGAGGUGAGAAACUCCUCUCUACGCCACCGCCUCAUCCUGGCCAACUGUGACAUCAGCAAGAUUGGUGAUGAGAACUGUGACCCUGAGUGUAACCACACGCUGACAGGCCAUGAUGGUGGAGACUGCCGCCAUUUGCGCCCCCCUGCCUUCAUGAAGAAGCAACAGAAUGGCGUGUGUGACAUGGACUGCAAUUAUGAACAUUUCAACUUUGAUGGUGGAGAGUGCUGUGACCCUGAAAUCACCGAUGUCACUAAGACGUGCUUUGAUCCUGAUUCUCCACACAGAGCCUAUUUGGAUGUUAAUGAGCUGAAGAGCAUUCUGAGAUUGGAUGGAUCAACACAUCUCAAUAUUUUCUUUGCAAACUCCUCAGAGGAAGAGCUGGCAGGAGUAGCAACUUGGCCAUGGGACAAGGAAGCCCUAAUGCACUUGGGUGGCAUUGUCUUGAACCCCGCUUUCUACGGCAUUCCUGGGCACACCAACACCAUGAUCCAUGAGAUCGGGCACAGCUUGGGUCUCUACCACACCUUCCGAGGGAUCUCAGAGAUCCAGUCCUGCAGUGACCCCUGCAUGGAGACAGAGCCCUCCUUUGAAACUGGAGAUCUCUGCAAUGACACCAACCCGGCCCCGAAACAUAAGUUCUGCGGUGAUCCCAUGCCAGGCAAUGACACCUGUGGCUUCCAUAGCUUCUUUAACACCCCAUACAACAACUUCAUGAGCUAUGCAGAUGACGACUGUACAGACUCCUUCACGCCCAAUCAAGUGGCCAGAAUGCACUGCUACUUGGACCUGGUGUACCAGGGCUGGCAGCCCUCCAGUAAGCCGGCUCCUGUUGCCCUUGCACCCCAGAUUGUAAGCCACACGACAGAUUCUGUGACGCUGGAGUGGUUCCCACCCAUCGACGGCCACUCCUUUGAAAGAGAAUUGGGAUCAGCAUGUGACCUUUGCCUGGAAGGGAGAAUCCUGAUGCAGUACGCUUUCAAUGCCUCCUCCCCAAUGCCUUGUGGCCCCUCAGGACACUGGAGUCCUCGAGAAGCAGAAGGUCAUCCAGAUGUUGAACAGCCAUGCAAAUCCAGUGUCCGUACUUGGAGCCCAAACUCAGCUGUCAACCCACACACAGUCCCUCCAGCCUGCCCUGAGCCACAAGGCUGCUACCUCGAGCUGAAAUUUCGCUAUCCCCUGGUCCCUGAGUCUCUGACCAUCUGGGUGACCUUUGUCUCCACUGACUGGGACUCUAGUGGAGCUGUCAAUGACAUCAAAUUGUUGACUGUUAGCAGGAAGAACAUCUCUUUGGGCCCUCAGAACAUUUUCUGCGACAUCCCAUUGACCAUCAAGCUCCAAGAUGUGGAUGAGGAGGUGUACGGCAUCCAGAUCUACACGUUAGAUGAGCACCUGGAGAUCGAUGCAGCCAUGUUGACCUCUGUGGCAGGCUGUCCACUCUGCCUAGACUGUAAGCCCCUGAGAUACAAAGUGGUUCGAGAUCCUCCUAUCCAAGAGGACAAGGCCUCCAUCGUCCACUUCAACAGGAGAUUCACAGAUAGGGAUCUGAAACAUAGCAGUGUGUACCAGUACCGCAUCAUUGCCAUUUCAGGAACUGAAGAAAGUGAGCCAUCACCAGCUGCCAUGUAUAUCCAUGGAAGUGGGUAUUGUGGUGAUGGAAUCAUUCAAAUAGACCAAGGUGAGGAAUGCGACGACAUGAAUAAAAUCAAUGGUGAUGGCUGCUCUCUCUUCUGCCAACAAGAAGUCUCCUUCAACUGCAUUGAUCAACCCAGUCGGUGCUAUUUUCAUGAUGGUGACGGGGUAUGUGAAGAGUUUGAACAAAAAACUAGCAUUAAGGACUGUGGUGUCUACACACCCCAGGGAUUCCUGGAUCAGUGGGCAUCCAAUGUUUCAGUUUCUCAUCAAGAUCAGCAGUGCCCAGGCUGGGUCAUUAUUGGGCAGCCAGCAGCAUCUCAGGUGUGUCGAACCAAGGUGAUAGAUCUCAGCGAAGGCAUUUCUCAGCAUGCCUGGUAUCCUUGUACCAUCAGCUACCCAUACUCCCAGCUGGCUCAGACUACUUUCUGGCUCCGGGCGUAUUUCUCUCAGCCAAUGGUUGCUGCAGCUGUCAUUGUCCACCUGGUGACCGAUGGAACAUACUAUGGGGAUCAAAAGCAGGAGACCAUCAGUGUGCAGCUGCUUGAUACCAAAGAUCAGAGCCAUGACCUAGGCCUCCAUGUCCUGAGCUGCAGGAACAAUCCCCUGAUUAUCCCUGUGGUCCAUGACCUCAGCCAGCCCUUCUACCACAGCCAGGCGGUGCGUGUGAGUUUCAGUUCACCCCUUGUCGCCAUCUCGGGGGUGGCCCUCCGCUCCUUCGACAACUUUGACCCCGUCACCCUGAGCAGCUGCCAGAGAGGGGAAACCUACAGCCCUGCCGAGCAGAGCUGUGUUCAUUUCAUGUGUGAAGCCACUGACUGUCCAGAGCUGGCUGUGGAGAAUGCUUCUCUCAAUUGCUCCACCAAUGACCGCUACCAUGGUGCCCAGUGUACUGUGAGCUGCCAGAUGGGCUAUGUUCUGCAGAUACAGCGAGAUGAUGAGCUCAUCAAGAGCCAGGUGGGGCCGAGUGUCACAGUGACUUGCACAGAAGGCAAGUGGAACAAGCAGGUGGCAUGUGAGCCAGUGGACUGUGGCCUCCCAGACCACCAUCAUGUCUAUGCUGCCUCCUUCUCCUGCCUCGAUGGCACAACUUUUGGCCGCCAAUGUUCCUUUCAGUGUCGUCACCCUGCACAGUUGAAAGGCAACAACAGCCACCUCACUUGUAUGGAGGAUGGGUUGUGGUCCUUCCCAGAGGCCCUAUGUGAGCUCAUGUGCUUGGCUCCACCCCCAAUACCUAAUGCAGAACUCCAGACAUCCCGGUGCCGAGAGAGCAAGCAUAAGGUGGGCUCCUUCUGCAAGUACAAGUGCAAACCAGGAUAUCAUGUACCAGGCUCCUCCAGGAAGUCAAAGAAGCGAGCCUUUAAGACUCAGUGUACCCAAGAUGGCAGCUGGCAGGUGGGAGCUUGUGUUCCUGUGACCUGUGAUCCACCUCCACCAAAAUUCCAUGGGCUCUACCAGUGCACUAAUGGCUUCCAGUUCAACAGUGAGUGUAGGAUCAAAUGCGAGGACGAUGACACCUCCCAGGGGCAUGGGAACAAUGUCAUUCACUGCCGCAAAGAUGGCACCUGGAGUGGUUCCUUCCACCUCUGCCAGGAGAUGCAAGGACAGUGCUCGGCUCCGAAUCAGAUCAACAGCAACCUGAAGCUGCAGUGCCCUGAUGGCUAUGCCAUAGGGUCGGAGUGCGCCAUCUCAUGCCUGGACCACAACAGCGAGUCCGUCAUCCUGCCAAUAAAUGUGUCUGUGCGUGACAUCCCUCACUGGUUGAACCCCACAAGGGUGGAGAGAGUUGUCUGCACUGCUGGCCUCAAGUGGUAUCCUCACCCUGCUCUGAUUCACUGUGUCAAAGGCUGUGAGCCCUUCAUGGGAGACAAUUACUGUGAUGCCAUCAACAAUCGAGCCUUCUGCAACUAUGAUGGAGGGGAUUGCUGUGCCUCCACAGUGAAGACUAAAAAGGUCACUCCCUUCCCUAUGUCCUGUGACCUGCAAGGAGACUGUGCUUGUCGGGACCCCAAAGCCCAAGAACACAGCCAGAAAGACCUCCGGGGAUACAGCCACGGCUAAGGAAAGACAAAGAAUUGUCAAAUAAUUCCCAAUGCCAGGACCCGCAUCCCUUUGGUAUUGAUUUCACAGUCAGCUGCUCAAUAGAAUGGCCUCUCCACACCAGGGAUCCUUAGCACCCAACCGGUCUGCCUUUAAUUUCACCUAGGAAGGACUUAUAGUGGGGGCGCAUGAACCAAUCUCAUCAUGUUGAAUGAUGGAUGGAAUGGAAUCUCAUCCCAGAGUCUAAGAUGGAUUGCAUAUACAACAUACAGUCCUGGAGCCUCCUAAAAUUCCAACCAUUUGUCACAUGACUACAGAGAGAAACAUGUUCUGUGUCUAAGAGUGUGCACAUCUUUGGUUAGUACACAUGCAUGCAUAUGCAUCCAUACAAACAUCUGUGUCAAGGUAGUUCUGGAGACUGAGCAGUGAGACUGGAACAUAAUCUUUCCUGUCUCAAGCUUCUAACCAACACUAACCAUGGGAGAAAUAGAGUUGCAGAAACUGCUUAAACCAAUGUUGAGGUACCAACUUAACUCACACUCUGAGGCUUGGACUAUGCAGGGUCAUGCACAGUGGUGCAGUCCUUUGGGAUUGGAAGAGAAAUGGUCUAUAAUCACCUAUCUUUUGGGUAAUGAGGGCCUAGGAGGAGGUAAAGAUUCCAAGGUAUGCAAAGAUUCCCAAGUCUUCUGCUACUGUGGGAACCUUACCCUAAUACCAGGGUUUGAGGGCCAAACUGGAAAUGGCUUAGAAUUGAAAUGUAAAGGUAUUAUGCCAGCCCCCUGCUUGAGGCUUCAGAGGCCAUAACAUCCCUACAGAACCUACCCAUUCCUCAAAUCUUGCCUUGGGACCACAUUUGCUGCUACUUUUCUUGCUGCUCUAUCCUAUACAUUGAGUAUCCCCACGAUGGUAGAACCAAGUUAGGAAAGCUCCCACACAACCAAACAGUCUGCCUUAAAGAUGACUCUCAUUUCCCCACAGUUCCUCACUUCUUAGCCCUCCUGCAAAAGGAAACCCCUCAAGGGCCCACGGGGUGACAAGUUAAGUACCCCCUGAGUAGGUUUCUCAUCUUGGAAGGGAGUUGAGGGACUUCAGAAUCUAGAGUGUCUAAACCAGUGUUAGAUUUUGUAAGUGGAACAGUGUUAAAUCUCUAUGAUGUUGGAGCCAUCCAGAGGCUAUUGGACUUACCUGGACUCUUGGCUCAUCAUCUUCAUCCUAGUCUUCCUGGCCUUUCAUACUGCAGUAAGCUUUGAUCCUGAAGACCUCACCAUUGAUCUUAAUAGGUGUAAUUCUAUCACAGAGAAUCAUCUUGGGUAUGAUCAGUGUGGGAUGUGUUCUAUAGGAUCUUCAGAGGGAAACCAGAGUUUACAGCCUCUGUACUCAACAUGAUCAUAACAUUUUCCAUGUAUUUUUCUCAGUGCCAGUACUGACUCCCACAUUUGUGGCUGGCAAACUCUUCCCUCAAUCCAUGAUCAGCCUCCAAAAGCUAAGUGAAGACUAGUCAGUUUCACAAAAAUGUCCGCAACUCUUUGUGGGUCUCUUUACCCACUUUGAGUCAGUCACCUGUUCAUUCUCUUUGAAUUGGUAUGGGACAAGAAUACGGCAAGAUGAAGCAGGGUGAGUGGCUAAGUUUGACCUAGUUUCUGAAAUCUGAAUAUGCCAAAUGAGAAGUUAGGAGGAGCUAAAUUAGUGGUAUGAUACAAAUAUUACUGCAAAGCAAGUCAUCUCAAGUAGUGAAGGCAACCAAAAAAAAAUAAAAAGUCAUGUGUGAGAAUUGAAAAUAUCAGACACCUGUGCAGCCCCUACAAACUCCUUCAUUCAAGGCAGUCCUGGUUAAUUCAUCACAGCUCC